AAUCGACGAGAUCAAGGAGAUAUGCGACCAGCAGCAGCAGCAGCAAGACCAGGACCAGGACCAGGACCAGAGUCAAAUCCAACAGCAGCAGCAGAAUAAGCGGAUAUUCGAUACAACAAGAACCAGGACCAGGACCAGGUCCAGGACCAGACUGGAUCUGAUCCAUGGCUGACGAAGAUACACAGUACCAGCGGCCAGCAUCCGUCGCCCAUCAGCUGUCGCUCGCCUCACAAUGGGUUUUGUACGAGACAUUCACGUGCUACGCGCCCCUAGUAACGUUAGUAUACUGGUGCCUCCUGUAUCCGACACAAGGCGGGCUUGAUGGGGUCCUGGACACAUGGAUGGGCGUCAGCAUGCAUGCGAUAAACUUUCUUUUAAUGUCGCUCGAAGUAAUGGUGUUUGCGCGGUGCCGAUACCGGUGGACGCACUUUGGCAUGGUGGUUCUGUGCUUGGUGCUGUACUUGGCUUUGGUGUAUUUUAUGGUCGUUUUUUGGGGGUAUGUUGCUGUGGUGUGCUUGUUGGUGGUUGUUGUUGUGGCGAUCAUUUGGGUUAUUAUGCUGAUGGUGCACCGGUGGAGGGAUAUGGCGUAUCCGCGGUGGCUGUCUCGUCGUCCGGUCUGCAUUUGCAUUCUAGAACCCGAAUAAUUAUUAUUUUGUAUAUAUUUUGUAUUUCAAUU